AUGCUUCCCCUUGCCAAGCUUGCCGUCAUCUUAGCGGUGAUCCCGGCCCUCGUCUCUGCAGCACCUACGACGCCGUCCGACGUGCUCGAGGCCCGCGACGAGGUUGAUGAUGGUGCCUCGUCUAUUUACAUCGUUGGUGGCGAGGCUGCAAGUGCCGGAGACUUCCCGUUUAUGGUCUCUUUGAGCGGUUUCGGAUACGACUACCAUAUGUGCGGUGGUGUCCUACUUAACGCGAACACCGUUGUCACUGCUGGCCAUUGUUCCAUCUCCCAGACUCCCGUACAGGUCAGCGUCCGCGCAGGCUCUCUUAAGCACAAUUCUGGAGGGGUCAAGGUCAACGUUUCCGAGAUCUUAGUGCACCCAAAAUAUAGCGACAGCUGGGCCAAUAAUGAUAUUGCGCUCUGGCGCCUGUCGACUCCGAUACGGACCAGUUCUACUAUCGGCUACGUGACCCUCCCUGCUCAGGACUCUGAUCCCGCUGCUGGUUCUUUAGCUAUUGUUGCCGGAUGGGGUUUUACUAUUGAGGGUGGCUAUAAUACUCCCGACGCCCUACGUAAGGUUACCGUUCCCAUCGUUGGCCGCGCUACCUGCCAGGCGGCGUAUAAACUUGACACCAUUACUACCUCUAUGGUAUGUGCCGGCCUUGCUGCCGGUGGCAAGGAUGCUUGCCAGGGCGACUCUGGUGGGCCCUUAGUGAACACCUCCAAGACGCUUAUCGGCCUCGUAUCCUGGGGUGAUGGCUGCGCUCGGCCUAACGCUUACGGUGUUUAUACCCGCGUCGGCCAAUUUGUGACGUGGAUCAACGCGAACAAGUGGUAA